UCAAUAUCCUGAACCAAUGAUGUUCUUCAAGUGCGGUGGCGAGUUACAUUCGGAAAACACGCUCAAUAUUCUUAAUUUGUGCCAAGAGGAGGUCGAGAUAGGAUGUUGACUGCCGGCAUGGGAUUUGUGAAAAUUCGGACAAUCGCAGUUUUGCUCUCGCUAUCUCUGAGUUCCUCGCUUGUGUUGUGGUGGAUUACACCCGCAGAUAAUUCCAUUAAAGGUAACGAACGCAUUUUAUAGUUAUUUAGGUAGUUAUUAGCAGUGAUCCGCAGUGUUUUUUAUCUUUCAUAGUCACAUGUUGAGCACGUCCCAACUCGAUUUAUGUUCGAUUUGUUUGAUUUGGGAUUGAAAUGAUUGCCCACUGAAAAGCGAACUCGUGUUUUCCAUUAUUUUAGGAGUAAACACACGCUUGCUUUUAUUUCUUAUUACUUUCUUUUCAAUUUACUUAAAUACUCAAUAAUGAAAAAAUUUAAUUUUAAUAACCUUUCUCCAACACACACCAAUUUGUACAGCGUUCAGCCACGCUUGCGUCUUCGAAAUAUUUUAAGAAAAAGCGUCACCAAAGUCUUUAAAAUUUGGAGCUUUUUUGAGUUUCAAGGUUUGGAAUUUAAUAUUUCCUUAAGUCGUUAUUGAUAAUUUGGCAGCUCUCUAUACCAACUGAUCCUUAUCUUCUUUAGCUGUCACCCAAGAUGACUUACUUCUAAAAUUAAAACUUUCUUAUGAGGUUAACAGCUGACAUGAGUUUAUCCGAUACGGCAGCUAAUCCCUAUAGCCAUCUGUACAAGAGCAUGAUUUAAAACUAAUAGGUGGACUUCUUAAAAUCAUUGCUUUGUUAUCCAAUUUACACUUAAAGUACUUUCAAGAUAUUUUAGUGCUGCAUAGCUUUUUUAAGGAAUAUUUUCUUUUUUUAGUUUUCAGUAGGAAGUUAUGUGGGGCUUCAAAAAAGCCUUCAGGCAGUGAUUUUCCCAAUAAUAUUAUUGUGGCUGUCUGGUCAUUUCUUUUUGUUAAAGAUAACAAGGGUAUCAUUUCUCUGGAUCAUAUUUAUGGUGAUAAAAAUGCGAAAAUUGUUUUAGAAUAGGCAUGUGAUAUGAUUUGGGGAUAAUUAAAAGGACUUUCCCAAGUUUAGAUUUUAUUGAAGAAGAUUGUUCAAUCGCUCUUUAGGCUAAACUGCGUUAAACAUGAUGAAAGGCUUUUGAAAAAUCCUCUUGGAAGUAUUACUGUGUGAAAUCCCAGACGUACUUGCAGUUCUGUCUUAAAAAUCCUCUCUCUCUCAUUCAAUAUUAGUUUGAAAAUUUAAACUUGGUAUUCAAUAUGUCAGUUAAUGAUAAGAUAUCAGUGGCACAAAACAGUUCAUUAAAAAAGAUAUAUUUGAUUAUUUGCUGUUAUUUAUUCUGAUGUACCAGCCAUCUAGCUUAUUAGCAAGAUUCGGGAUAAAAGAUUGUGUUUUUAUUUCCUUCAAACUCAAUGAAAAAUGUUAAUUAAAGUUAUUAUUCACACUAAGCAAUAAUUGGUCUGGGAAGGUCGUGCAUGUCAUAUCAUCUUACUAGAGAGACAAACAGCUAUUGUUAGUAAGGGGGUAUGUGCAUUUCUCCAACAUGCAGAUAGUUUUAUACUUUCUGGUUUAUUUGUCACAUUCUUUUAAGCUAUAUAUCCUAGAAUAAAACAAUAGAAUAGAAUAGAAUAAUUUUUAAAAAAGUUGUGGUUCAUUGUUAGAACAGGUCUGUUCUGUUUUUAUAGUGAUCCUUUGUUCCAUGGAAUAGCACCUCUUAUAAGGAAUUGAAAGAGAGAGUUCAGUUUGUUGUUAUUUGCUCUGUAGAUUGUGUGUGCACAUUAAAUGAAGAUUAUUUUUUCCCUAAGUUAAGUAUGAGUAAAUAAUCAAAAGAAAAAUAACAGAGGUGAGUCCCUGCUGUGAGACUUAAUAAGCCUUCCUGCUGAGUUAUACUUUAGCAUACCUUUAUGUUUUUUAAAAUAGCCCCAGUGAUUAUUCAACUCAAAGCAAACAAACUGCAAGAAAUGUAGUCUGCAGUAUGACUUCUUGUUUGUAUUAUUUGUCUUCUUAAAAUUUGAUUGAGCAGAUAGCAAGGUAUGCUCAUAAUGGUAAAAAAAUAUAUUAAACCUCUAUACUUCCUAAGGAGUAGAAGAAAAAAUAAUGAAGAAUGGUUAGAUUAAAAAUGGGUUUUGACGCUGAGAAUCAUCAAGCAAUUACAACAGCUUUAAAUCUGGCUCAUCGUCUGCACCCCCAAUGCUCAGGUCACAUCCUUUUCUUAUUUCAAGCUGAAUGGGAGUCUUUAUCUAACAGUCCACAUUCCUGCCACCAGAAAGGUGCAAAGAAACUCAAUGGAACUUGGGGUUGUCAUUAAGUUCUGAGUCAGUUGUAGCAAAAUGUAGAGACACCCGUAACAUCUCUGACACAAAAAACUUUAGCUUUCCACUUUGAUCAACCCUAACAGGUGCUAUGGGUUACAACACUUAAUGACAGUUCUGGAACUUUCCAGCUUGUCCUUCAGGAAAGUUGUUUUAAGGGUAUACUAACCCAAACAAGACAAUUUUGACUAGCCCAUAUAAUUAAUAAUAUGUUGAUCAAUAAUUCACUUCAAAACUAGAAUCCAAAUUUGCGCACUGGCAAGUCUGUGUUCUUCCCUCAUUGGGUAACUGUCGGCUGACAGAUGGCGAAUGCUCUUUGUGGUAAAACUAGAUAGACUGUCAGGCGACUGUUAACCAACAGUUGACCAACAGUCGACUGACUGCUGGCCAACUGUCGGUUGACUGUUGGCUGACAGUUGGCCAAUUGUCGGUUGACUGUUGGUCGUCUGUCCGUUUAGGGAAGUUGUUGAUUCAGUUUGCAAACAAGGAGAGUCUAUUAUGCCCUAGUUGUUGCUUGUUAUUUUAUCAAUUUAUUUUUUCCUAGGCCAAAUAAUUUUUAUAAAAAGGGGUAAUUAAUCAUGGAAAUUGGCUUGCUACAUAACGUGAAGGUGAAGUGUGACCUGUUGCGUCGAAAACAUUAUUUUCCUUGAUGCAAGAGGUGAACGCUCCAUUUUCUCUUCCUCAAUAGUCUGCGGCAUACUAUAUGACAUUAUAAUAAACUUAACUGGAAUAACCAUAUAGAUUCCAUGGGCAAGAGAGCCGGUAAGAAGUUAUACUCUCUUAGGUUAUUAUUAAGGGCUGAAGUGGUUCAAGAUAACAUUCUUGAGGUUUAUCUUAGUACAGUAAGACCUGUAUUAGAAUAUUCGAUCUCUGUGUGGCAGGCUAUUCCGGACUAUUUAUUCCAUGUAAUCAAGGCAGUGCAAAAAAGAGGGCUUUGAGGAUAAUUUAUCCUGAUGCUUAGUCGUACAUGGAGGCCUUGCAAAUAGCAAAGAUAGCAAAAAUAAAGAAAAGAAGAGAUGUCCUUUGUGUUAAGUACAUGGAUAAGAUGAAGUUUAAAGACCGUCCUUUACACUUCUUAUUCGCCAAGGCUACUCAUUAAUCAGCCCAAGUACAAUCUAAGGAAGAAUGCUGACAGAUUAAUAAUAAUAAUAAUUUACCAAUUAUUUAUAUAGCGCGUAUUUACAUAUUCUGAUCAAUAGCGCUUUACAAUUUGUAAUUCACAGAGGGAGAUCCUUCAUUACCCAAAGCUGAUGGAAGGCAUGUUUUGCUUCAGAAAUUUGAAAGUGUCCAGGCAGAAAAUGCUGAGUUGAAAAGGCAACUUAAAGUGAUUCAGAAGAGAUUGCAAGAUAUAUAUGAAAGGGACAGUCAAGGUACUUUUUCAUGUGUGAAAAAUAUGUUAUUUCCACUCUUCUGUUUAUGAUUUAAAAAUACGUUUUUCUUUUUCCUUUUUUUUUAUAGUUGCAAAUGAGAACAAGACUACAUCAUGUUUAACUGACUUAAGACCAUACCGUUGUGAGGUAGGAAUUUUUUUCAUACGUGAUAUUUUGUAGAGAACAAAUCCAGUAAAUCUUAUCUUAGUCAAGCAUGAAGUUUUUUUCAGGUUAUGGCAGUUUUUACUGUAACUGCAAGGAUCACAUCAACGUUCAUAUCGUCAUCAGCAAAAUGAUGGAUAAUAUGUAAUCUAAGUCAAAUCUUAGAUAUCCUAAAAGUUGCUCUCAAUAUUUUUUGGCCUUAAAUGUUUUACCAUAUUUGUCUUCGUUUGUUUUGGGUUUAUAUUUUAUUAUUUAAAUCCAAGCUUAAGUCAGCCAAAGAGAACAACUCAUAGUGUGGUAUGUUUAUGUAGUAAUCAAUUUUUUGCAUUAUCUUGAAAAGAAUAUAUUUCUAAAAUACUCUUGUUUAUAAUUUUCUGUUUUUUCACUAAAAAUUUAUCUGCAUGGGUAGUUUUGUAAUCUGAAACAUGUAAACAUUUGUUAUCAGGUGACAAUUUUCGGGUGAGAAAUUGGCCACUCACUAUAUUGCCUAUUAAUUAGUUAACUUCUACUUUUCAGCGGUUGUUGAGUAAAAAAGGUAGCACAAAAAAUGACUGUAGCUUUGCAAAGGAAGUAAAACAUACACACUUUUUGGUGGCUAUUCUUAAGGCUGGUUUUCACUAGUGACAAAGCUGGAGUCAGAAUUGAAAAUGGCGUCAUAAGAGCAAUUAUGACCUUGUGAAAAUAAAAAGUCAGAGUUGUAAGCAGAGUCAUAAAAGUGAUGGAAUUGGAGCCAGAAGAAUCGAAAUGUUUCCAUUUAUUGACUCUGCUUAUGACUGUGUCAUUUACGAUCUAGUGAAAACCGGAUUGUCGGAGUCAGAAAUAGAAGCGGAAGGAUUAACCAAUCACGGAGUUCAUUUCCACGCUUUGUGAUUGGUUUAGUUCUUCCAAUUCUCCUUGUGACUCUGGAAACCUCGAUUGUAAGGGACAGAUUACAACUCUGAUUCCGACUCCAUCGCUAGUGAAAACCAGCUUUUAAAGUCAAACAUCAUACCUCACACCUAUGGAACCUAAUACUAAUGAGCAAGGAUAAUAGAUUUUCAAUAUUAACAUUGAAUAUUUUAGUUUGGCACAUGUAUGUGAUGUUCGAUGCUUUGCAGGUUAUUCAUAUCGCAGUGGUUUGUGCUGGUCACAGUGCAAGCCGGCAAGUUGUCACACUGAUAAAGUCUAUUCUGUUUCAUCGCCGUAAUCCUCUGCACUUCCACUUCAUCUCAGAUGCCAUUGCAGAGAAGAUUUUAACUGUCCUCUUUAAAACGUGGGAAAUAACAGCAGGCAAGGACAUUUUGGAAAAGUAUAUUAUGUACUGUAAGAACUUAAAAUGGUGUUCACGGUACAUGUUUAGAUUGCUGAGAGAAGGGAAGUUGGGUGAUUGAAGGGAGCACUUAUUUUGUUGUUUUGAUUUCAUUCCCAGAAAGGCAGAAAAGUUUUUGUUUAUAAACCCUUGAUGACGCAGUAAUAUUAUUGUUAUUCUUAAGCACCAGAGAGGAUUGAAGUUGCAACUGUUAAUACAAACUGGAGUACAUGCUGAAAACUGGUUGUUAAUUAAGUAUAUUGCAGAAAUGAAAAUAAUAGUAGUUUCUUCAGUUUGCCUUUUGUUCAUACUCAUUUGUAUUCAUUGUUCUGGGUUGACCCAGUGUCCUUUUUCUUUACAGUUGACACUAGUUUUUACAGCACAGAAAAGUUAAAGGUAUAAUUUAAAUUAUUUAUAGCAGUAUUGUUUAAUAGAACUAAAACUUGCUUAAAUCUAAAAACAUGCCAAUUUGAAAGGUCCAGCCACUUAUUUUGCAGUCAUUGUCAUUCUGACAUUGUGAUGAGCAUUAAAUUGUGUGCUAAAUUCAAGGGAGCAAGUAUGAAUUACAAAAUCCAUUUAUACUGUUAGGUUUGAAAAACCACUCAGCAACUAUCCAGAAAGAUUGUACUGAUCAUUAUUUGGAUCUUUCAACUUACAGGAGAAAGUGUCUUGGAUACCAAAUAAACACUACUCUGGAAUUUUUGGGUUAAUGAAGUUGGUUCUCACUGAAGCAAUUCCACAAUCCUUGGACAAGGCAAGUUUUUGCAUGUGGAUGACAAAAAAAAAAAUCAAUAAUGAUGCUUUAAUGUUACUUUUAAAACAUUUACCUAGUUAUAUAAAGAAAAAAUAUUGUCUUACCAGGUUGAGGUGAUUUCUUGCGCACUCAACUGUAUGGUUGAAAUCUAGUGCCAUAAUUUUAUGGAUGUAUAGCUUGUAAAAAUAUUUAAAGCUUGUUUUAUUUGUUUUUCCUGCAGUCCCAACACUUGCAGGUGGUUUUUGUUUCCAAAUAUUAAAUUUUCUUGGAACGAAUUUGUAUUGUGUUAAUCACAGCACCAUUUUUGAUUUACUCUUGGUUUAAACUUAACUUUACAGGUAGUUGUUCUUGAUACUGAUGUUAUUUUUGCAUCUGAUAUUGCUGAAUUGUGGAGGAUUUUUGAUCAGCUCACGGGUAAAAAGGUCAGCACUGAUUUCUUGUUCAAAGUCAGUGGUUUCGUAGUCAAGUAUUUUGAAGUAUUCAUUUCUUUGUAUGUUUCUAUGCAGUACAGAAAAAAGCUUGUUUACUACAUUACAGGAGGAGGGUGUUAUCGGCCUCAGCAGAUAAUUCCCUCAUCUAUGUCCAUUCAGAUCAUGCUCAGCCUCAUUGAAUUAUUGUUAAUUAUCAUCUCAUCAUCUGUUAAUCCUUCUUGUUUUUGUGCAGGCAAUUGGUCUGGUUGAGAAUCAAAGUGACUGGUACCUUGGAAAACUGUGGAGAAACCAUAAACCUUGGCCUGCACUGGUGAGUUCUCACAAAACAGAUCUUGUAGUGUAAAAUGAAAUUCAGUUGGUUUCAUCCUAGUUGGAUUCUUAUCCCUGAAAUGUAAAAUCAUAUGAUGUGAAACAGCAUGUUCUUUUAUUUAAAAAAAAAGCCAAAAAUGAACAAAACAAACAAAUAAAAUACAAGACUUCAUACUGAAAAAAAGUGUGAGUUUUAGCACAAAAAUUAAUUACUAAUUGAUGACAUGCCGGAGACGGGACUGCCAUUUUAUGUGGUCAUCUGUACCAUGCAAAGCUGUGGCAAUUUUCAGGGCAAAGGCAGUACCUUCAUCUUUCAGUUUAAUAUUCUUAAGACUCUGAGUUUUGGUCUGGCCAUGGGUAUGGGACAUGUGAUGUCGGCCUCUACAAUCAUGUGCUCUACUGUCUGAGAUAGUCCUGCCACAGUUAAACAGUCUCAGUUUAAGUCUUAGAUUCAUGAGUAGAUAAAAAUAAGGCCUAUAAGUGCUUUGUAAUAAUUAUUGUGAUGGAGGACUCAAUUUGUACAGGUGUUGUAAUGUUAUGAGUUAAGAUCUGCUUGUGCUUUAGGGCCGAGGGUUCAACACUGGUGUUAUUCUACUGGACCUUUUAAAGUUGCGGCAGACUAAGUGGGCUAGCCUGUGGAGACUCACAGCUGAGAAAGAACUCAUGAACAUGCUGUCCACUGCACUGGCUGAUCAAGUAAGCUGUUCAUCACUUUGUUCCCCUUAUACAUUGCACAGUUGUUUUACAAAAUCCAAUUUGUGGAUACAAAAACAAUCAAGGCAUAACAGGUUAACCAGUUUGUAAUCUGCUUUUAAAAUCUUGUCAUCUCAGGUAUUUAUCCAUUGGUUGCCUUUGUACAAACGUCUUCAGUAGGCCAUUUGCGUGAUAAUUUCUUUUUACUACGUAGACCAGAAUUUAUAUUGUUUUCUUUAAUAUUUUUAAAUUUAGUUAUCUCAGUGAGGUUUAGAUAACAAAAGCCCUAGUUUGCACAAGAAAGCAAUACACUGAAGGAUUCUGCUGGUGGUAGUAGUGUAGUAGUGGUAGCGGUGGCAGUGGUUGUAGUAGUGGAGGUGGUGGUAGUAGUAGUAGUAGUAGUAGUAGUCGUAGUCGUACUUGUGCUCGCACUCGUACUCAUACUCGCAUUUGUACCAGUAGCAGCAGCAGCAGCAGCUUCCAAGUUCUACUUUGCAAGCUAAGUUGGAGGUCUUAUUGUUCACUUUUAAAUAGCAUUUACAAAAGUGGAGAUGAAUUUUUUUUCUAUAGGGGACUUAUCCCGUGUUUUAAAAUCCUGCUUAGUGUACAUCCCACAUAUCGCAAUUGUAGCUGAGGAUUGGCUUAAGAUUGUAUCAAGAAUCUGGCAUGUGUUAUUUGGAUUAGGUCCAUUAAUGCAGAAACAGGGCUUUUUCUUUUACGUGUUCUUUCUAAUGCAAGGUUAAAGUUUCUCAUUGGAGUUAAACGUGUAUCCAAAUAGUUGUAUUUCUGAACAAUUUCAAUUGCUCAUUGCCUAUGUUGAAGUUCCUGUCAGCGGAUUUCCUUGGGUGCUUUUGGAAUAUCAUAAUUUUUGUUUUCUUCUGAUUAAUUUUUAAUUCCUUGUAUCACAAUAAGAAUGAAACGUGUUGAAACAGUUUUCCAAUCCCGUUUUGGAUCUUGAUAGGAUAGUCAAAUCACCCGCAUAUAAUAAUGAAUUUAUUUUUGUUUCAUUUGGAAAAACAAAUGGGUCAGACAAUUACAGUUAAUUGAAAGAGUUUCACCAAACAUAGCACUCUUAAAUAGACUUGCCGGCUUUCUAGACACAAAGAUACUUCUGAGGAUGUACAAACAAACAAUCCUCCCAGUGAUUGAUUAUGGAGGCAUCAUAUGGCCUGAAUGUAACAGUUCCCGAUCAGAUAAACUGGAGUGACUUCAAAACCAAGCCAUGAGGGUUAUUCUGAGGGUCAACAGAGCCACCUGCACACAAUGUAGGAGGAACACUGUAGAGCUGUAAACACUACAAUAGGAGACGAUUCCUCAGAUUUGUUUUUAUUCUUAAGAUUGUAAACAACCAAAACUGCCCUAAGCAACUAGAGGGUUACCUAACCAGUAGGGCUGAGCUCCAAAACAGAACUCUGCAGAACCAAGGCACUCUUGAGCUACCACAAUCUAAGACUUCUUCAGGAAGAACUUAGAAAACCAAGUAGUAUAGGCUCUUUUAAAUUUAAUCUUUUUAAACAACUGAGAGACAGUGACAUUAGUAAUCAUAAAUGUACAGUGUAACUAGUUGGAUUUUUUUUAGUGUUUUUAAUAGUUUUUAGUGGUUCGUAAUAUUUUUAAUUAGUUUUUAGUAGUUCUUAAAUUAACAGCUUUUAGCAGUAGGAGGAUGCCAUUGUGCGAAUGGCCUAUUGAACCAACUUUUUCUUAGAACUUACAGUAAUUAUAAUGAUGGUAAUUUUAAGGUGACGCAAUUCACCUUUAUUAACAAGAGCUUUCCUGUUCAAUACAGGAUAAUGGUAUAUUUUGUAUCCUUGAAAUUUUUUUUGUUAUAUUUUGUAAAUAUACUCAAAAGAAUACUACAUAUUUUUAGGACAUAUUUAAUGCAGUGAUAAAGAGUCAUCCACAUUUGGUAUUCAAACUACCAUGUACAUGGAACGUACAACUUGGGGACAACACACGUAGUGCAGUAUGUAUAGACCUUUCUAGUUUUCUAGUUUGCCCUUUGGCAUCUGAACUGCUGUUUAUCCUUUCUUUCCUUCAGAAGAGCUCUGUGCAAGAACAUCUUGUGAUAUUUCCUUAAUUUUUUAUGUAAAAAUGUUUAUGUACCCCAUUUCUUUAUUUAAAUUAAGUGAUAUCUUUUUUCCUGCUUGUAGACAUGUUACAAGGAUGUUUCUGAACUGAAGGUAAAACAUGUAUCAGUAAUGCUUAAGUUAUUUGCUUUGAUUUUAAAUGUACUUCAUUGCAGUGGUUUCUACUGCUUUUAUUUCUGUUGUGUCUCACAGUCUGGUAUGUCAACAGAAAUGAAGUUUUGAAGUCAAAUUUAACAUGCCUUAUUCUAGAAAAUUAACACUCAAAGGCAAUAAAGACAAUAGUGAGCAAUAGUUUAUUUAAUUUUGAUUAAAUACAGAGUUUAUUUCUUCAGCAAACUCAUCAACAAUAGACGAGGAGGUCAGAAGGUGGCUUAAAUGCAAAAACUGCUUAAUUCCACCUGGAAUCACACCAACUUAAUCCCUGUAAAGUCUUCAAACCCUUUCAACUUACACCUUAGCUUCCUCUGCAGAGUGUCAGCCACUACAAUCAACACCACUGGCCAGUAUUCUUUCAACUUUAACUUUGCCUCAGUUCCAUUCACUCACAUCUACUUAUUCAUGUUAUUUGAUUUGCUGCCCUUUGAUGUUUUUAAUUAAAUUUUACUCUCGCUCUUAGGUUAUCCACUGGAACUCACCCAAAAAGCUGUUGGUAAAGAACAAACAUGGAGAGUUCUUUAGAAACCUUUACCUCACAUUCUUGGAAUAUGAUGGUAACUUCUUGAGGUAAUAACAAUGCACUGAAAAUGUUAUUGCUAGCAAAGCAUACUGAGCAUAAUGUUAUAAAUAAGGCAUCAGUGAUGGUGGAACAAUGAAACAGUGGAACAGUGAUGGUGGAAAAGUGGACCAUCACUGUUCAACUACUCCACUUUUCCACCAUCACUAUUCCACUAUUCCACCAUUCCACCAUAUCUGUUCCACUCAUCCACCAUCACAGUUCCACUCUUCCACCAUCUUUGUUCCACUGUUCCCCCAUCACUGUUCCACUGUUCCACCACCUCUGUUCCAUUGUUCCACCAUCAUUCUUGUACUAUUCCACCAUCACUAUUCCGCUGUUCCACCAUCAUUGUUCCACUGGUCCACCAUCUCUGUUCCACUGUUCCACCAUAUCUGUCCCACUGUUCCACCACAUCUGUCCCACUGUUCCACCACAUCUGUUCCACUGUUCCACUAUAUCUGUUCCACUGUUCCACCAUCAUUGAUCCACUGUUCCACAAUCUCUUUUCCACUGUUCCACCCUAACUGUUUCUCUGUUCCACCAUAACUGUUCCACAACUGUUCCACUGUUCCACUACAUGUUUUCCACUGUUCCACCAUCAUUGUUCCACUGUUCCACCGUCUCUUUUCCACUGUUCCACCAUAACUGUUCCACUCUUCCACCAUGAUUGUUCCACUGUUCAACCAUAACUGUUCCACUGUUCCACCAUAAUUAUUCCUCUGUUCCACCAUAACUGUUCCUUUCUUCCACCAUCAUUGUUCCACUGUUCCACCAUCUCUUUUCCACUGUUCCACCAUCUCUUUUCCACUGUUCCACCAUAACUGUUCCUCUGUUCCAUAAUCACUGUUGCACUGUUCCACCAUCUCUGUUCGACUGUUCCACCAUCAUUGUUCCACUAUUCCACCAUAUCUGUUCCACUGUUCCACCAUAUCUGUCCCACUGUUCCACCAUAUCUGUUCCACUGUUCCACCAUAAUUUUUCCACUGGCCCACCAUCUCUGUUCCACUGUUCCACUAUAUCUGUUACACUGUUACACCAUCAUUGUUCCACUGUUCCACCAUCAUUGUUCCACUGGUCCACCAUGUCUGUUCCACUGUUCCACCAUAUCUGUUCCACCAUCAUUGUUCCACUGUUCCACCAUAUCUGUUCCACUGUUCCACCAUAAUUAUUCCUCUGUUCCUUUGUUCCACCAUCAUUGUUCCACUGUUCCACCAUAUCUGUCCCACUGUUCCACCAUAUCUGUUCCACUGUUCCGCCAUAAUUUUUCCACUGGCCCACCAUCUCUGUUCCACUGUUCCACCAUCAUUGUUCCACUGUUCCACCAUCAUUGUUCCACUGGUCCACCAUGUCUGUUCCACUGUUCCACCGUAUCUGUUCCACCAUCAUUGUUCCACCUUAUCUGUUCCACUGUUCCACCAUAAUUAUUCCUCUGUUCCUUUGUUCCACCAUCAUUGUUCCACUGUUCCACCAUCUCUUUUCCACUGUUCCACCAUAACUGUUCCUCUGUUCCAUAAUCACUGUUGCAUUGUUCCACCAUCUCUGUUCGACUGUUCCACCAUCAUUGUUCCAUUGUUCCACUAUUCCACCAUAUCUGUUCCACUGUUCCACCAUAUCUGUCCCACUGUUCCACCAUACCUGUCCCACUGUUCCACCAUAUCUGUUCCACUGUUCCACCAUAAUUUUUCCACUGGCCCACCAUCUCUGUUCCACUGUUCCACUAUAUCUGUUCCACUGUUCCACCGUAACUGUUCCUCUGUUCCACAAUAACUGUUGCACUGUUCCACCAUAUCUGUUCAACUGUUCCACCAUAUCUGUUCAACUGUUACACCAUCACUGUUCCACUGUUCCACUAUAUCUGUUCCACUGUUCCACCAUCAUUGUUCAACUGUUCCACCAUCUCUUUUCCACUGUUCCACUGUUCCACUGUUCUACCAUUUCUGUUCCACUGUUCUACCUAACUGUUCCUCUGUUCUACCUAACUGUUCCUCUGUUCCACAAUCACUGUUGCACUGUUCCAUCUUAUCUGUUCCACUCUUCCACUGUUCUACUAUAUCUGUUCCACUGUUCCACCAUCAUUGUUCCACUGUUCCACCGUCUCUUUUCCAGUGUUCCACCAUAACUGUUCCACUGUUCCACCAUCUCUGUUCCACUGUUCCACCAUAACUGUUCCUCUGUUCCACAAUCACUUUUGCACUGUUCCACUGUUUCACCAUCACUGUUCCACCAUCACUGUUCCACUGUUCCACCACCUCUGUUCCAUUGUUCCACCAUCAUUCUUCUACUGUUCCACUGUUCCACCAUCAUUGUUCCACUGUUCCACCUUCUCUCUUCCACUGUUCCUCCAUAACUGUUCAUCUGUUCCACCAUCAUUGUUCCACUGUUCCGCCAUCUCUGUUCCACUGUUCCGCCAUCUCUGUUCCUCUGUUCCUCUGUUCCACCAUCAUUGUUCCACUGUUCGUCCAUUUCUGUUCCUCUGUUCCACCAUCUUUGUUCCACUGUUCCACCAUCUCUUUUCCACUGUUCCACCAUAACUGUUCCUCUGUUCCAUAAUCACUGUUGCACUGUUCUACCAUAUCUGUUCCACUGUUCCACCAUAUCUGUUCAACUGUUCAACUGUUCCACCAUAAUUUUUCCACUGGUCCACCAUCUCUGUCCCACAGUUCCACUAUAUCUGUUCCACUGUUCCACCAUCUCUUUUCCACUGUUCCACCAUAACUGUUCCUCUGUUCCAUCAUCAUUGUUCCACUGUUGCACCAUAACUGUUCGUCUGUUCCACCAUCACUGUUUCUCUGUUCCACAAUCACUGUUGUGCUGUUCUACCAUAUCUAUUCCACUGUUCCACCAUAAUUGUUCCUCUGUUCCACUGUUCCUCCGUCUCUGUUCCACUAAUCCACUUUCACUGUUCCUCUGGUCCUCCAUAUCUGUUCCACUGUUCCGCCAUCAUUGUUCCACUGCUCUACUAUCUCUGUUCCACUGUUCCACCAUAACUGUUCCUCUGUUCCACUAUCACUGUUCCACUGUUCCACCAUCAUUGUUCCACUGUUCCACCAUAACUGUUCCACUGUUCCACCAUAACUGUUUCUCUGUUCCAUCAUCAUUGUUCCACUGUUCCACCAUAACUGUUGCUCUGUUCCACAAUCACUGUUGUACUGUUCUACCAUAUCUGUUCCACUGUUCCACCAUCAUUGUUCCACUAGUCCACCAUCUCUUUUCCACUGUUCCGCCAUAAUUGUUCCUCUGUUCCACCAUCAUUGUUCCACUGGUCCACCAUCUCUGUUCCACUCUUCCACCAUCUCUGUUCCACUAAUCCACUAUCACUGUUCCUCUGGUCCACCAUAUCUGUUCUACUGUUCCACCAUCAUUGUUCCACUGCUCUACCAUCUCUGUUCCACUGUUCCACCAUAACUGUUCCACUGUUCCACCAUCUCUUUUCCACUGUUCCACCAUAACUGUUCCUCUGUUCCAUAAUCACUGUUGCACUGUUCCACCAUCCCUGUUCCACUGUUCCACCAUCAUUGUUCCACUGGUCCACCAUGUCUGUUCCACUGUUCUACCAUAUCUGUUCCACUGUUCCUCUGUUCCACCAUCAUUGUUCCACUGGUCCACCAUCUCUGUUCCAUUGUUCCACCAACUCUGUUCCACUGUUCCUCCAUCUCUGUUCCACUAAUCCACUUCCACUGUUCCUCUGGUCCUCCAUAUCUGUUCCACUGUUCCGCCAUCAUUGUUCCACUGCUCUACUAUCUCUGUUCCACUGUUCCACCAUAACUGUUCCUCUUUUCCACUAUCACUGUUCCACUGUUCCACCAUCAUUGUUCCACUGUUCCACCAUAACUGUUCCUCUGUUCCACCAUCACUGUUCCACUGUUCCACCAUCUCUUUUCCACUGUUCCACCAUAACUGUUCCUCUCUUCCAUAAUCACUGUUGCACUGUUCCACCAUCUCUGUUCCACUGUUCCACCAUCAUUGUUCCACUGUUCCACCAUAUCUGUUCCACUGUUCCACUGUUCCACUGUUCCACUGUUCUGCUGUUCCACCAUCAUUGUUCCACUGGUCCACCAUCUCUGUUCCACUGUUCCGCCGUCUCUGUUCCACUAAUCCACUUUCACUGUUCCUCUGGUCCUCCAUAUCUGUUCCACUGUUCUGCCAUCAUUGUUCAACUGCUCUACUAUCUCUGUUUCACUGUUCCACCAUAACUGUUCCUCUGUUCCACUAUCACUGUUCCACUGUUCCACUGUUCCACUAUCAUUGUUCCAGUGUUCCACCAUAACUGUUCCUCUGUUCCACCUCCACUGUUCCACCAUCUCUUUUUACUGUUCCACCAUAACUGUUCCUCUGUUCCAUAAUCACUGUUGCACUUUUCCACCAUGUCUGUUCCACUGUUCCACCAUCAUUGUUCCACUGGUCCACCAUAUCUGUUCCACCAUGAUUGUGCCACUGUUCCACCAUAUCUGUUCCACUGUUCCACCAUAUCUGUUCAACUGUUCCACCAUAAUUUUUCCACUGGUCCACCAUCUCUGUCCCACAGUUCCGCUAUAUCUGUUCCACUGUUCCGCCAUCUCUUUUCCUCUGUUCCACCAUAACUGUUCCUCUGUUCCAUCAUCAUUUUUCCACUGUUCCACCAUAACUGUUCCUCUGUUCCACCAUCACUGUUUUUCUGUUCCACAAUCACUGUUGUACUGUUCUACCAUAUCUGUUCCACUGUUCCACCAUCAUUGUUCCACUAGUCCACCAUCUCUUUUCCACUGUUCCACCAUAAUUGUUCCUCUGUUCCACCAUCACUAUUCCCCUGUUCCACCAUCAUUGUUACACUGGUCCACCAUCUCUGUCCCACUCUUCCACCAUCUCUGUUCCACUGUUCCACCAUCUCUGUUCCACUGCUCUACCAUCUCUGUUCCACUGUUCCACCAUAACUGUUCCUCUGUUCCACUAUCACUGUUCCACUGUUCCACCAUCAUUGUUCCACUGUUCCACCAUAACUGUUCCUCUGUUCCACCAUCACUGUUCCACUGUUCCACCAUCUCUUUUCCACUGUUCCACCAUAACUGUUCCUCUGUUCCAUAAUCACUGUUGCACUGUUCCACCAUCUCUGUUCCACUGUUCCACCAUCAUUGUUCCACUGGUCCACCAUGUCUGUUCCACUGUUCCUCUGUUGCACCAUCAUUGUUCCACUGGUCCACCCUAUGUGUUCCACUGGUUCUCCAUAUCUGUUCCACUGUUCCACCAUUAUUGGUCCACUUGUCCACCAUCUCUGUUCCACUGUUCCAUUAUAAUUUUUCCUCUGUUCCACCAUCACUGUUCGCUGUUCUACCAUCAUUGUUCCACUGGUCCUCCAUAUCUCUUUUCCACUGUUGCACCAUAACUGUUCCUCUGUUCCACCAUCAUUGUUCCACUGUUUUACCAUGACUGUUCCACUGUUCCACUGUUCCACCAUCUCUUUUCCACUGUUCCACCAUAACUGUUCCUCCAUUCGACCAUCAUUGUUCCACUGUUCCACCAUCUCUCUUCCUCUGUUGCACCAUAAUUUUUCCACCGGUCCACCAUCUCUGUUCCACUGUUCCACUGUUCCACUGUUCCACUGUUCCUCUAUAUCGGUUCUAAUGUUCCACCAUCAUUGUUCCACUGUUCCACCAUCUCUUUUCCACUGUUGCACCAUAACUGUUCCUCUGUUCCAUAAUCACUGUUGCACUGUUCCACCAUCUCUGUUCCACUGUUCCACCAUCAUUGUUCCACUGGUCCACCAUGUCUGUUCCACUGUUCCUCUGUUGCACCAUCAUUGUUCCACUGGUCCACCCUAUGUGUUCCACUGGUUCUCCAUAUCUGUUCCACUGUUCCACCAUUAUUGGUCCACUUGUCCACCAUCUCUGUUCCACUGUUCCAUUAUAAUUUUUCCUCUGUUCCACCAUCACUGUUCGCUGUUCUACCAUCAUUGUUCCACUGGUCCUCCAUAUCUCUUUUCCACUGUUGCACCAUAACUGUUCCUCUGUUCCACCAUCAUUGUUCCACUGUUUUACCAUGACUGUUCCACUGUUCCACUGUUCCACUGUUCCACUGUUCCACCAUCUCUUUUCCACUGUUCCACCAUAACUGUUCCUCCAUUCGACCAUCAUUGUUCCACUGUUCCACCAUCUCUCUUCCUCUGUUGCACCAUAAUUUUUCCACCGGUCGACCAUCUCUGUUCCACUGUUCCACUGUUCCUCUAUAUCCGUUCUAAUGUUCCACCAUCAUUGUUCCACUGUUCCACCAUCUCUUUUCCACUGUUGCACCAUAACUGUUCCUCUGUUGCACAAUCACUGUUGCACUUUUCCAUCAUAUCUGUUCCACUGUUCCACCAUUAUUGUUCCACUGGUCCACCAUCUCUGUUGUCCUCUUCCACCAUAACUGUUUCUCUGUUCCACAAUCACUCUUCCAUAUCAGUUCCACUGUUUUUCCAUCUCUUUUUUUCACUGUUCCACCAUCUCUGUUCCUCUGCUCCACCAUCACCAUUCCACUGUUCCACCAUCAUUGUUCCACUAUGUCUGUUCCACUGUUCACCAUCAUUGUUCCACUCUUCCUUUAUCUUUAUUCUACUUUUCCACCAUCAUUGUUCCACUAUCACUGUUCCUUUGUUUCAGCAGAAAUGCCUCGCUGUUCUACCAUCUCUGUUGUGCUGUUCCACCGUCAUUGUUUCUCUGUUGCAGCAUUAUUGUUUCACUUUUCCACCAUCUCUGUUCUACUGUUCCACCAUCAUUGUUACAAUGUUUCACCAUAUCUUUUCUACUGUUUUACCAUUACUGUUCCACUGUGUCACCAUCAUUGUUGCACUGUUCUUCAUCUCAGUUCUACUUUUCCACAAUCUCUGUUCCACUGUUCCACCAACUCUGCGAAUACAGUGAGGGGUCCAUUUUGAAAGUAUAAAAAAUAACGUUUAUUGUUAUUGUUAGCUCUAAUUUGUAUCUGCUUUUGUUAUAUAUUCACUUGAUAUAUUUCAAUUCGUAGAAACAAAGGAAACUAUAUGUAAUGAUGAUGAUGAUGAUCAUCAUCAUCGUCAUCAUCAUCAUCAUCAUUGUGUUUACUACUAAUUUGUGACAAUAUAUUUCAUCUUUUUAGGCGAUGGAUAUUUCCCUGUAAUGACGCUGACAAUACUAUUAACGAAGCUACACAGGAGGUCCAAACUCAGCAGACUCUUUUUGAAAAGGUAUUAUAUAGUAUUAAACUUAUUUAGUAUUUUUCACAGAUUUGUGUUGAAUCAGUGAAAAGAGAAAUAUAUAUAUUGAUAAAAGGCAAGGAAAACUGAAGCAUUUCACAUUUCUGUCAGGGGUGUCUUUCAUUGAAGAAAAAGGAUUGGAAAAUAGAAAGAGUGGCUUUGAGGGAAGAUCACUACUGUAUAAUCCUAACCUUUUUGUGUAUUUUUGGUCAGGGAGAUUUUAUUUUUAUUGGAGGAAAGUCGGAGAAUUUUUGAAAACUGGUGUCUGUUGCAACCAUUACUUGAAGGUUUCCCUUAUGACAGUACAUUUUUUCCUUUUAAUUUUCUUGUUUAUUUUUGCAUUCAGAGUACAGGUAAUACAGAUAAUGAAGAUAUUUGCUAUGAGUUCAAACAAGAACAGGAUUUAAUUCACAGGACCCAUCUCUACUAUAUGGAUUACGAUUUUUCACCAGUAAGUAUUCAGUCAGUAACGGAAUGUUAAACAAAAAAUAAACAAUUUUUUUCGUCUGUUAUGACUGGGCCAUGUUUGUUCAUUCAAAUAAUAAAAUUUCUACAAAUCUGGGGAUUGUUUAUCAACAGGUACAAGAAAAAAAUAUUUUCUAACGUUUGUCUUGUUAGCCCAACCUACUCACCAAUAACAUGCUUACUAACUAAAUGGGUUUAAUAUUAUGGCUUAGUCUAUUUCAAGCAUGUCCAGUUUCAUUAAUCCUAAAGCUGCAAAUGCCCACAAAAGCCAUCAUCACGGGGUUCUCGGUAGAAUUUUCUAUGGUCAUUGCUUUGCUACUUACAGGCGUAACACAUGGUAUGCUCCCCCAGGAAAAUUUAGAUUUAAGUUUCUCAGAAGUGCUUAGCAGCAGCCAUGUUUUUGCACUUGGAAAGACAACACUUACAAGAGGCCUGGGCUCAAAUGUACAAAUUCAAUACUGUAAAAUUCUGAAAAUGAGCCCAGGGGCUUAUAUUUUUCAAUAGCUCUUUUUGAGGGGCUUAUCUAUGGAGGGAAAUUUGUGUUUCAAAAUCGAUUCAGGUAGUCUUAUAGUUAGAGGUAAAUUUACCGUUUUUGCUUUAUUUUCUUUGUAUUUGAGGACAAUUUUCCAAGUGCAAGCCCCUGGGUAGAGCUUAUAUUUGGAGGGGCGAUUUAACAGAGGGUUUUUUGCGUUACUGGUUUGGGGGGCUUAUAUUUGGAGGGACUGAUUUUCGAAAUUUUACUGUAUGCCUAAUAACACAGUGUCAUGAAAUACACCCUAGUGUGUUUGUGGCAGGCGUUUAGAUCUUGUUGGCAUCAGUUUGUUAGACAUCUCUAUGUUUUGUCAGGUUGAAGAUCCUUUUGAUGUAACCCUUGUGGUACAGCUUUCUAUUGACAGACUUCAGAUGAUUGAAACGCUAUGCCUUCACUGGGAAGGUAAGAUAUUGAAGCUCUGGGUAGCAAGGGUGGCGCAGUAGUGAGAGCACUCACCUCCCAUCAGUGUGACCCAGGUUCAAAUCCUGGUUCCGAUGCCAUAUGUGGGUUGAGUUUGUCGUUGGUUCUCUCCCUUGCUCCAGAAGGUGUUACUUCAGGUACUCCAGGUUACCCCUCUCCUCAAAAACCAACAUUUCUAAAUUCCAAUUUGACUAGGAAUCAGGUAGACAAAGAACCACAUCGUGGAUGUGCUAUCUCUAAAUUGUUAUUUAUUAUUUUAUUUAUUUAUUUAAUUCCUGUUUCGUGGCCGCGAACUUUAGGAAAACAGAAAGAAAUGCUCCACGCCUGUUGUCAUUUCGUCAUCAACAAACUUUGACUGCUCAGUCAUUUUUACAGUAGCUUUCAAGUUUCUGGUGCUAAAAAAAAAUCAGUUACUACGUGUAUAGUAACUAAUAACCAGCCUUCUCCGUAGCUAUUCUUUGUGAAACUUGGAACACAUAAUUAUUUCUCGUUGUCUAUUCACAGGUCCAAUAAGUUUGGCCUUGUAUAUGUCUGACAGUGAGACACAACUUCUGUUGAGCUAUGUGCAGAGCUCUUCAGAGCUAGUCAAUAGAAGAAAUGUUGGAUAUCACAUUGUUUUCAAGGAAGGAGUAAGUACUUUUUUAUUGUCAUUGACACUUCUUGUGGUCUUUGAAAUCAAAACUACUUGGAAAUAGUAAACACAGCAGUGUGAAACUACUUUAUAACCGGAGCUGUUUUUUUCCCAGCUGACCAACUUUGUUUUGUCUUACAGCAAUUCUAUCCUGUGAAUUACCUGAGAAAUAUAGCAUUGGAACAUGCUCGUACUCCUUUUGUGUUUCUAAGUGACAUUGACUUUGUACCAGUGUCAGGAACUUACACCACUUUGAGGUAUGUUAAAAAACAAUUAAAAAAUGUAUCAUAAUAAUUUGUUGGGCUGCAUGUUAAAUAAACUCUGUUAUAUAUCAGUACUAAUCUUAUGUAAUGCCAUUUCUUUGUAUUUUUUUCUGACAGACAAACCUUAAAAAUCUCUUCAAAUAUGAAUAAGAAGGUCGGUAUCACUAGCGGUCAACCAUUUAUUUCUAUAUUUCCUGAAACAAGGGAAUAUUAUUUAUUCAGCCUUCCUCAUAAUUCUGAUCAGUAAGGUUAAUAUUUCACCAUUGUUGCAUUCAAAUAUGAACUUGACUGAAAAAUGGCAUUUACUUCUAAGUGUCCUACAUCUUCUUUUGGGUAACUUUUUGAAGAGGAAAGGUUGAUAUUAAUUCAGUAGAUUUCUAUCUUCUGCAAAUCUUAAUAAUAAAGUGGACUAUGAUGGGCCACUAAUAGGAAAAAAGAAGAAAAAAGAAUUAAGAUCUAGUGCUUUAACAAAGCUUGACAAACCUUUUUCCAGUCAGGAAUGGCUAAGAAUUACCACAGGAAAUGGAUUUUUCUGGCUAAUUUCUGUCAUUUCUUUCUUUAUCAUUUUGUUUCUGUGAGCCUUUGAAAAUUUCAGUUUGUAAGGAAACCAUACAGAUGCCAAACUUUUUUAUGUGUAUGCACUACUGAAAACUCUGCUCAAAUGCUAAUGAAUUAAGAUGAAGCAUAAAUUGAAUGACUUGAUUGUUUUCCUUCCUCAAGGCCCUCAUUGUUCCUGCCUUUGAGAGUCUUCAUUACAAGGUGACAUUUCCCAAGACCAAAGCCCAGCUUUUGUCAAUGUGGGACCUUGGUACCAUGUUUACAUUUAGGUAGGUAGAUAAAUACCCCUCACGGGGUCACACAGUCUUGAAAAGUCCUUAAAUUUCUAUGCAAGUCCUUGAAAAGUCCUUGAAUUUUCUUCAGCUUUAAAUGUAGUGGGAUGGAAAGUGUUUUUUAAUGCUUUUUGGUUGUCAAAGACAGAAUAUAAAAUAUAGCUCAGAGAAGUUGAUGUUGAUUUACAUAAAGCAUGUUUUGUUUUAUGCAAUAAUUAACAGUCAAUUUAAGACAAGUGAACUGAAAAAUCUAGAGAGGUUGGUGGAGCAAACAGUUCAAGCCUUAAAGUCCUGUUAGAAUUAGAAUGGACUGGCAAUGUGCAUUGUUGUACAAUCUGUGAUGUUACGUUCCUGGUUAGUUGUCCAAAGUGGAUUUGUCAAUUCAUUUGAUCUACCUUGAAAAGUUCUUUAAAAAUGGUUGCAGUUUUUUGUAUGAACCCUGCCUCAGCCUUGGAGCACAGUACAAAUUUCUAUAAUUCGCAACUAGCCUGUUGCUGUUGAUUAAACACUUCUUUGGGCCUCAGAACCCAUGACUUGAAGGCUAUGGUUAUAACCUGAAUUUAAUCCACCUCCUCCACUCUCUAAGUCACUAGAAAGAAAGGCCUCUGAAAGCACUCAUGUUAAUGCUGUCCAGUGACGUCACUUAUACUCAGAAACCUGGUAGUGGCUCUGGUCUGUUACCAUGCCAAUAUAUUAGGUCAUAUAAUUUUCGUACUUGAUAGUGACAUCACCAGACAGUAUUACACGCCUCCCUCCCAGAGUGACUUAGUGAGCAGAGGAGGCGGUUGAAAUUCAGGCUGCUGCACAGUACCUCCAUCAAGUGUAAAAUACUGCAAAAUGUUUUGCUUGGGUCUGGGAACUGAUUAGUGUUGCAGUUGUCUUUUCCUUAUUUUUAAUCUCUUUUUUUUUCUUCAGGCAUCAUGAAUGGAGCAAGGGCCACGCACCAACAAAUUAUGCAAAAUGGAGAACUGCUACUACUCGAUACACUGUAUGUAAUGGAAAUAAAUGAUGUGGAAUAGGCCCUCUUCAGCUAGCCAUUCCUGUGUUACAAAACCGUCAUACUGGAGAGCAAGAGACACAAUGAUGUGAGCUUUCUGAUUGCAUUGUCCCAGUGGAUCCCUUGCUCUCCAACAUGGCGGUUUUGUACCACUUGAGUGACACCUAGCUGCCAAGAGCCUAUUGACCCUUUACACCCCAGAAGAAUAGAGGAGUGAUCAGCAUGAAAUCAAUCUUUGAAAUAUCAGUGGUCAUGAGAAUUGAGGUAAUGAUCAGCAAAGAUGAAUCUUUUUGAUACUUCAACAAAUUCUCUCCACUACUUCUAUUGAAAACAUAUAGGGAAAGAAAAUGAGAAUUUGAAUUCUGAUAUUUGGGUUUAAAGGGUUAUUGUCCUUUGCAGGUACAAUGGGAAGAGGACUUUGAACCUUAUGUGGUGGUACAGAGAAAUGUCAGCAGAUAUGACAAACGGUUUGUUGGAUUUGGAUGGAACAAAGUCUCCCACAUCAUGGAGUUGCAAGCUCAAGGGUAAAGUUAUUUUUUGUUUUUUACAUGACAAAACGCUGAACACCAUCACUUGAUAAAGAUUCCAAAAUGGAAUUGGAAGCUUGUGGUGCUAAAGGUUUUAUCAUAGAUUACCUCUUUUAUUUUAAACUUUUAAUGACGUUCGUGUUACGUUAAGGGCAAUGUUUAAGGCAUUUAACUACCUUAAAAAAGGUUUGCAAUAUGUAAACUACCACUUGCAUAGUUAAGUGUAGCAUUUGAGUGGCAAGAAAUUUUUUCUUAUUACUUUUUGUUGAUCCAUCAUUACAUAGUAUACAGCGAAGGGGAUCUUAAAGUACCUACAGCAAGUAAAUUCUUGUGCACUUAAGUGAAAAUUCUCUUUUUUCAGUUUGUUUCCUGAUGUGUUACCUUACCCAACCCCUGCCUCUUUCCUUUCUCAACCCCCUCCUUUUUUGGGGUUCUUUCUCCCACGCUGGGGUGGAAAAUUCAGGGGGCACAUUUUGACUGUUUGAAAACACACUCACUGAUGUUUUUUUUUGUCCAUAGGUACGAGUUUGUUGUGUUGCCAAACGUUUUUAUUGUUCAUGUGCCACACUCGCCUUCUUUUGACAUUUUCAAGUUUAGGUCAAGUUCUUUGUACAGAAAGUGAGUGUUUUUAUUAUUAAGAUCGUUAAGCACCUUUUUGGUAAAUUGAAUUCAACUUAUUAUUUUGUUGUUUUGUUAAUUCUUUUGUACGUUUUUUUCUGUGCAGGUGCUUAAAUAAAUUGAAACAAGAAUUUGUUCAAGAUCUGGCGACAAAAUAUGGUGGAGAAAGAUUAGUAGAGAUAGACAUGGACAGUUAACAACAGUUUCUUGGUUUGUUGUCAUCUAAAUAUUAUACUUAAUAAUUAUAAUAAUAAUAAUUAUUACUAUACUCAGUUAUUUAAGAGGAAGUGUUAUUAGUUUCGUCAUACAAGCCACACAUUCAUGCACUGCCAGUUAUAGCCUGCGUCGCAGGUGUUUAAUGAGAGCAAGGAAAAAGGAAGAAGGGGGAGGAGGUUUCCUUUUCUUCCCUCCUCCUCCUCCUCCUCCUCCUCCUUCGUUCCUCUUUUUGCUUUCAUCCCAACUUUCUUGACAAAGGCUAUGCCAGUCACUGCCAGUGAAUAGAUUAAUAAAGCAGGAAUGACUCCUUAGUUGACAAUAAACCAAGGCCAAUAAAGCUUACAGUAUGAAAUUAGGGAAAUUAGGGUUUAGGUGGUUUUUUUUUGUCAGAGAAUAUUUAUUUUAAAUUUGUGAUAACUAGGCAAAGUAUAGCUAUAUGUGAAUUGUAUUUUUUACCAAGGCAGCUGUGAAUGUUAACCAUAUUAUUAUAUUCCACCACUGUAACUAAGAAAUGCUUUACCAUAUUCAGUUUUAUUUAUCCUGCUCUAUGAAUUAUACAGCCAAUCAGGAAGCUGAAUCUUCUUUCCAUAUCUGGUCUGUUGUAGCAAGAUAUAAAAAUAUUAUUGAAACUAUAUUCAAAAGAGUACUAUGUAAAUUUCAGUUUACAACGCAGAAUGCGAUCUUCUAACUCGGACCACACCCACUACAUACCUGCGCAAUUGGCUUUAGGGUGAAGGAAUUAUAAGGAGAAGGGUUUUUUUCUAAUUAUCUUUCUUAAUUCACAUUCAGUGAGGAAGACUUCAUUGUCUGUUAUUUCGACAGACUUUUUCUUGAAGAGAAAUUGAUGCAGGCCUUAUAGAUAUGUUGGUUCCAAAAACCUCUCUCAAAUCCAUGUAAGGAUUCAUAAGCCUGUAAAGAAGAAAGUCUGUAAUAGGAAACCCAGACCUUCCUUAUGAGUACCUUACUGGAUGCUUGAGUUAAGAGUAAUCUUGACACAGAGGCCUAAGAAACUGAGAGUGCAGGGGCUUGACUUUCUCCAGCCACUUGUAUCACUUUAGUGCCUACAGUUAAUGAUAAUCCUGCAACAAACUACCACCGGCAGCAUCUCCUUCAAGGGCGUGUAGUCUAACAAUGUGUAGGUCCUGUAAAUUAUUUAAUGUUGGUAGCCAUGGAGUUAUUGAAUGCUCGAAAUACCGGCUAAUGUCAGUGCUGCAAAAGGUUCAUUGUUGCAUUGUAUUAUGUUGGAAGUGGUACAGAGAGAAUCCUAGCAGAAUACAGUUGCUCAUACAGUAGAACUUCAUCUGAGUUUAGUUUACUAUCUCGAGCAUUAUUCAGAUUUUUUAUAUAAAUAUUCACAGAACGUUUCUCCUCGUGCUUGGAAGUUUAGUUCGCAGGUUUCUCAUGCACUGGUAGUGACGAUAAUUGAUUAAUUUGAAUAAUGUAUACAUGUAUAAU